ACGACCAAAGCCCUAAACCAAAGCAAUUUCCAUCCCAAGACCGUAUUCAAAGUUACACUUGAAGGUCGCAGCAGAGGAAGCUCCCCCAACAAUGGCGACCCCCAAAAAGGACACACCGCCAAAUAAAACCAAAGAAGCAAAGAAGCCGAGCACCAAAUCCCCACCGCCGAAGAAAAACCAGCAAACAAAGAAGCCGACCACCGCCAAGGCAAAAACCCCUGAGAAAAAGAAGCCGAGCAGCGCCAAGAAAUCCACCAACAUAAACAAGAUCACCAGCAACGGAAAUGCGAGAGAAUCCGACGUAGAGGCGGUUCCGUCGCCGAGCUCCGAGUCCCGGAGAGGCGCAGAGCAGAAUGGGGGUAAAUUUACGAAAACGCCCACCCCGAAGUCGAAGAAGGGCACGGAGAAAGGAAAGCGAAAGCGAGAGGGGGAGGUCGCAGAUGAAGAGGAGGUGAAGGCGUAUACGUUUCCGAUGGAACGUGUGAGAAGGAUUAUCAGAAGCGAGUAUUCGGAUUUGCGGAUUAGCAACGACGCCGUUUUCCUCAUCAACAAAGCCACCGAGAAGUUUCUGGAGAAGUUCUGUGAAGAAUCACAUGCGUGCUGUGUUAAGGACCGGAGGAAGGCUAUUGCUUACAAGCACCUAGCCACAGUUGUUUCUAAACGAAAGAGAUACGACUUCCUUUCAGAUUACGUUCCGGAGAAGGUAAAAGCCGAGGAUGCAUUGGCAAAGAGAAAGUUAGCCGAAGCAAAAGCAGGGUAGGAGUUCCAGAACAUACUAAAGGGAGACCACUAGGAAAUUUGCAACCUUGUACUAUUGUACAAUGUAUUGGAUGCACUUGUUCUUCAUCCACUUUUGCAAGUGCACAAAACAUACACGAAAUUAGUUCAUGUUAUUUUGGAAGAUCAUAAUUUUUCCCGACGAUGAAAAAUUCGGUGUUAUGGGCACAUUCGAUGGUAGGGCAGCUGGUGAAGUGGGAGUGAAGUCGGGGUCUCGCUGUCGAUGCGUAGCUAUAGCUGUUUUUCUGUAAUAUUUGCAGAAAUCUUAUGAGAAAUGUGUUAAGAUUUCAUGUCAGGGUACUUGUCCUGCCAACAGUGUGCAAGAUGUUUUAUGCUUUUCUUUGUCGUGUUUUUACUUGAGCACGAUCCUUCA